AUGUUUGAAGAUCCAGCUUCCAGUCUAGUAUGGCUACCUGGCAGUCAACUAAAACUAGACAAAGCCAUACUACGAUAUCAACAACAUAAGGUUUAUCAAGCACUCUUACAAAACAAAACCUUAUCAGGAUCCAUCAAGAAGAAGAUAAAGGAGAGUCAUUAUAAACAAAUUUUAUUAAAGAAGAUAAAGGAAAGUAUGGAAAAUCCCACACGCCCCGAAGAAGCAUUUGAGAUCUGGAACCAGAGUGACCAUAUGAAUGUGUACAGAAGAUCAACAAAUACAGAACCUUUGAAGUUCGAUGAGGAAUUUCUUGAUAACAUGCUCACUAAUGCCCAAAGACAUAGGGAAGAAGAGAAUGGCGAUAGCGGUAACGACGACGAUGACAGUGGAAGUGAACUCAUAAAGGAACAUUUAUUCGAAGAGUAUUUCAAUAAACUCACACGUCCUGCCGACUUCUCAGGAAUUAGUCGUAAGCCUAAGUUGGAGUUUCUACUUACUACAGAAGGAUAUGAAGUUUUACCUUUACCAAGCGAGGAGACGAAAACUGGAUUUUACAGAUAUCAUAUUGCAAACUUAAACUUUUUUUUGCAUUCCAGCAUCUUGAAUAAGUCUUGGGAUCAAGCAUACAAGAUUCUUUGCAUUUUACUACGAUUCCCUGGAAUUGACAUAAGGUAUUUGUGGCCUUUAGCAAUCGAAAUCUUAAGAGGAAAGCAUAACGAGAAUAAGGAAACCACUUCAGUUUUUAAAUACAAGGAAAGAAGAUUCUUUAGUUGGCUUGCCUCGUUUUAUAUCCUCAGUGCUUCAAGACCUGGUUUGGUAGAGAACGCACCAGUGUUUAGGAGCGGCUCAGUUACUCACGUGCCAAUAUUCAUUAUUGAAUCUAUCUGGUCUCUAUUGGAUGAUGGGCAGGUAGAGAGGGUCAAGACUGAGGUCAAAUCCUUAAUAUUAAAAGCCCCUUUCGAAAACGAAGGUGUUUUUUCAUUUAUCUUGUGUUUAUGUUAUUUGAUGGAAAAUGUUCAGUUAGCUGACAGGUACGCCAAGGUUGACACAUCAGAUGAAAACGAUUUGGAAGUGAACAUCUUUUUGAAUGACAAGGCCAGCAUUUACGCUAAGAUAUCUUCCAAUUUUGAGGAGGUUGAUAAGUACCUUCACAAGUGUACAGAGUUGAAAUUUGAAUACCCACCAGACAUCGUUGAAGUUCAGACAAAUAUAAUAUUAUCCAAGAUCAAAGAAGCGGAUGAAGCAAAUACUGGUAAUCAAAGUGAUGAGGACAACAUCUCUGAAGAGGAGAUACCUGAUCCUUAUGAUACUAUGAAUGAUACCAAUAACCACAAUGAAGAUGAAGUCUCUCAUGAUACCAUAAUAGAACAAGCCAAUGAAGGUACUGAGAUUUCGAAGAGAGUAAGCUUAGAGGAUGAAAUUCCAGAUUCUUACAUUGACGAUGAAGAGGAAGAAAUACCCGAUCAGUAUGACGAUGAAGAUGAGAUCGCAGACCAGUAUGUGGACGUAGUACCCGUAACUGAAACCAGAAACACAAUUAACAAUGAAAGAAAUGACGAUUCAGACAGCAGCAUAGAUUUUGACUUUGAUUUCGAUUGAAGUUCAUUAAGUACAUAAAUUAGCAUAAAAUAUUCAUUUACAAGAUAGUUAACUCUGACGACGCGUGAGCUCUUGGGUAUCUUCACUAGACGUGACCAAGCCAGGGUCGAUGAUGUUCAUGGCCCUUUCAGCUGUCUUUUCAUGCACUCGUAAUUUAGCAAGGACAUUCCUUGAAAAUUGAACAUGAUAGUCUACGACAUCCUGGUUAGCCCUACGCAAUGGUAGUAAUGUCCAGUUAGGUGGUAAAACUGAAUUGCGAGGGAGUACAAUUUGGUGAAGAGUCUGGAUAUUUCCUUCAGUUGAAUCAUUUCUCUCGGGUUGGGAAUAAGCUCUUGGUAGAGCUCCUGGGAAAUCUGUAGUGGGUGUAGGACGGGUUUCAUUAGUAGACGCUGAUCGAGAUUGUGGCCCUUGCCGCCUUUGUCUAUGUUGAGCUAGUGCUUCUUCAAAAUGGGCAAAUCUCCUUCGCAUUUCAUUAUGACGAGGCAAAGGCCUGAGAUCUUGAUCAUCAAGGAGUUGUCUUUCUUGGCGUGUUUCGAGUUGUUGUGGUUGUUGUGGUUGUUGUGGUUGUUGUGGUUGCUCCUGCUGUUGAACCUGCGGGGUACCAGGCAUUUCUGGUUCUUCAAACACCCUUCUUCUACACAAAGGACAGUUAUCCGAUCUCUCAAGCCAAUCUUUCAAGCAACCCAUAUGAAGCACGUGCCCACAGUUCAAUUUCUUAGGCUUUAAUCUGGAGUUCAUAUUACUUCUUUGCAGACCUUCAUCCGUGACUGCAGAAAGCAUUUCAUCGAAACAGAUGAUACACUUACUGUCAUUUUCCAAAUCUUCAGAUUUUGCAUCCGUCAAUUGAGAAUCUAAACGCUUUGACAGCUCGAUAAAAGCUAGUAACUGUUUGACCUCUUUAUAUGUAUCACGCAUGCAUAGGUAAGUUCCCUGAAGCAUCGAAAUAGGAACAGAGAAUCCUGCCAGUGUUGUCAACAAGUAUAUGAAACAAAGAUAGGAAAUGGUCUUGAAGGAAGAGGAGGCAAUAUCAAUCGAUUUCGAGAACAAGCCUUUAUUUUCCCAAACUUUCUCCAAAGGUUCAGUAUCAAGGUCAUUGUCAAGGUCAUCCAUAUCCAUUUCAUCGGGAGUAUAGAUUGGAUAUCUUACUAACUCGUAUAAAUCGAGCAUACACUUCAAGAAAAAAGUUAAGCAUUCCAAUCCUUGAACAGCAAACUGCAAGCCAAAUAAAAGACACGGAACUGAAUUAAUACCUUGGAAAACAUCGUAGACAAGAAACUUUGCAAUCGAGAAAUCGAUGGUGAGGAACACCACAUUCCAAUAGAGAAAGGAAUUUUUUGCAUAAAAUUGUAAAACAUCAGCAAUGGUGUAGAAUGACAGAUUGUUAAGUUCAUUUACAACUUUCAUUUGCUUAAAUUCCAAUCUGUCCAUAAGAAUUGAGUGCAUCACUUUGGAGAACAAGGUGAUCAUCAACAAAAGCACAUUGAGUGUGAGGUUAUUAUCUUUGGUGGUUAAAUUCAAGAGUAAAUUCACCACAAGAAAGGGGAGCCGUUCAAUGACAUGUUCUCUUUCUAAAAGCCUUAGUUCUCCGAAUAUAAGAUGUUGAGCUGACGUACUAAAAAGUAUGAAGAUGCAAAAUAGAAAGUUGAGGACAAUUCCCAAAUAGAUUCCAUCAGUCAUUUGAUACAGAAAUCCAAGAUAGGUAUUCGAAGUGGUUAGCGCACCCCAGAUGGCAAACGCCGUUGCCCCCGCUGAUAGUGUCAAAUAACCAAGGAAGUACUUCAACUGGUUCGACAAUUCCACCAUACUGAUGAAUGAUAAGGUGACAGAUAAUUU